GUUGGAGCAUGCGAAAACCAUGGGGCUCCAGUCCAAGACCAACUUUGGAGCCCAGACAGAGACAACUUGUGUGACAUCGCUCGGUUUGAUUCUUUUGUUGCGGAGUAUGGAGGUUGGAUCCAGGCAUGAGUAUGGGAUGCGUCUUCCGGAGCCCGACCAGUCCAGGGUGGUAGGUGGUGCUCGGUCGGUCAGAAAUGCCAUGACCCACAGCCAAAUAUGUCUCGAGAGACAGAGUCUGAGAUGCCAUUUUGCCUCAAGAUCCGUGAUUUGUUGUGAGCGGGGUCAUCCAAAGCGAUGCUUUUCAAUGGUUGGUUGAUGCUGCUUUUGACCAUGGCUGAUGCUGUGUAUGACGGCUGCAGCACUGAGGAGUCCCAGGGUAUUGCGCAAUGCGAGUCAACGGGUGAAGGUUUCCUCUUCGAUCAAAACAAGGCCGCACGAUGUCCUGAUCCGAAUACGUGGGACUUUGCCUCCUGGUCCUGUGACGAUUGGAAGUGCCACAUGUAUUGCAGCAAUCCGACACGCAGCUCCGAGCGGAAGUCGUGUGACAACUGCCCGGAGGUGGAGGUGAGCACCUCGUGCUUCGAUGCCCAAAAGGCCGCAUGCAACUCCGCGAGCGCCAAUGGAUGUGACGUCAACUGCAACGAUGCGGGUCCCUUGCACAGGGCAAACACGGCCCUGGUUGCUGCGAGUCUAUUUCUCCUGCCAAGUCUGUACGGCGAACUGUAACUGGGCGGAGCUGCCAAGACUGGGCAGGAGGUGUGUGAUGUGUGUGUGUGUGUGUGUCCACUGAAGAAGCCGAGACAGCUGCCAAAAAACAAGUGAUUCUUGCUGGGAGCC